CCCACCUCAUCCUCGUUCACAUAUCUGAGGCUUUAAGCUGCUGCUGUCUAUUUUUGGUACAUUUUAUAGAGGCCAUUUUUUUCCCCUCGCUGCCUCUCCGCUCCAUCUUUAUGUUGUCAGGGAUAUUUCCGCGGGUUCCCCCCCUGCUGUGCGCGGGAGGUGCGUGCGGGAUGCGGGCAUCGUAGGAUUAAAGCGUCUCAAUGGAAGACAUCUUCCUGCGAGGAGAAGAAGGAGAAGGAGAAGAAGGAGUGAGGCUCGUUUCCUCCCGCACCGAGAGAGGGAUGCUGUUCUUACACAUGAGGAUCUGAGGCCCCGGGCACCGGGAGACAGCCUGUCAUCCGGGAGACAAAUACCAGAACCGAGCCUUACUUCUGCAGCAGAGAGCAUUUUGGACCUGCAGUGAGGGGGUGAGGGUGUGAUGGAGUCCAGGAGGAGAGCGCAUUAAUCACAAGGUUCCUCCUGAAGUGAGACUCUCCGGUCCUUCCGAAUCUCUCCCUCCAGACGACCCCUCAGCCCUUCCUCCAUCCUGCUGCUGACCCUCCUCCCAAAGCAUCAUGGGCACGGUGCUGUCUCUGUCGCCCAGCUACCGGAAGGCGGCGCUGUUUGAGGACGGCCCGGCCACGGUGGGUCAUUACACCGCGGUGCAGAACAGCAAGAACGCCAAGGAUGCCGCCGCCGCCGCAGGGAAGUCCCUCAAACGGCCGUCCAUCAUCAGCGUGCUGCCAUGGAAACGCAUCGUGGCGGUGUCAGCGAAGAGGAAGGGCUCGAAGAAGCUGCAGGCGGAGGGCGGCGAAGGCGGGAAGGGAAGCUCUCCGGACACCGCGGUCACCGUGGGCUCGGCCUCCGGCAGCCUGAAGCUGAAGAAGUCCCAGUCCUGCGCCAACCUGUCCUCCUUCUCCUCCGGCCCGGACGCCUCCGCCUCCGCCGCCGCCGCCACUGCCCACCUGCCUGUCUCCAAGACCCUCGCCAAUGUAGCCACCGCCGCCGCCAGGAAGAGCUCCCACGCCGGGGUCCAGCCUUCCGCUGCAACCGGCACGCCAAAGCGCGUCAUUGUCCAGGCGUCCACCAGCGAGCUGAUGCGCAGCCUCGGCGAGUUCCUGUGCCGCCGCUGCUACCGGCUGAAGCGCUUGUCCCCGACGGACCCGGUGCUGUGGCUGCGCAGCGUGGACCGCUCGCUCCUGCUGCAGGGCUGGCAGGACCAGGGCUUCAUCACCCCGGCCAACGUGGUCUUCCUCUACAUGCUGUGCCGCGACGUGGUCUCCUCGGAGGUGGGCUCCGAGCGCGAGCUGCAGGCCUCGCUGCUCACCUGCCUCUACCUGUCCUACUCCUACAUGGGCAACGAGAUCUCCUACCCGCUGAAGCCCUUCCUGGUGGAGGCGGAGAAGGAGGCCUUCUGGGACCGCUGCCUGGAGAUCAUCAACCGUAUGAGUGGCAAGAUGCUGCAGAUCAACACUGACCCGCACUACUUCACCCAGGUGUUCGCCGACCUGAAGAACGAGAGCAAAAAGGAGGAGGAGAAGACCAAACUCCUUAUAGGCCUGGACCGAUAAGAGGGGGGGAAGGAGGGCUAUGUGUUGAGGACUGAUGGUGCGUUCACACCGGACAGGAAGCACAUCUCUCGUCUAACCAUCGAUUGUGUUUGUCUCCAUGUAGAUACAAACUUCAACGUCCUUCGGAGACACACACCUCCCAGAGAGCUGCACUCACUGCCUCUCCCCAGUCACAAACA